AGAAUCGCUGAUCUAAAUAAAACAGUGUGAAUUUUGGAAGGCCCCAGGUCAGUGUGUGGUCAAUGCUCUUAGGUCAGCCAAGGUGAGAAACCAGUUUAACUCUUUCAAGCAAACACCCCUGCAGCAUGUUCUCCUAACCGCCCCUCCAGUAAGCCUCCCGGGUCCCUGGACUCUGGUUGGCCCAGUACAUUGCUUGAGCGUUCCCGUGCUAUCCAGGAAUGGUAUGAGGUAAACAGAUGAAUUGCCUCCAUGCCCAAGGGACCGGCCGGCCGGCCGCCCUGUACCGAGAAAGGCGAGGACAGUCAGCCGUUGAUGGACAUGUAGGUGGUGUGUUGUGGAGAUGUGCAGUUAAAAGGGAGGGCUUGUGGAGGGCUCACUCCUGAGAUGCAGACCCUCAUAUCUCCCAGAGCAGCUGGUGGUCUGAACUGAUGGUUUUGCCGGGGUGGAACGUACUCUUUGUUUGGUCUCCCACAGGCUCUUGGGUGGAAUUGCACUUCAGCAGCAAUGGGAACGGGGGCAGCGUCCCUGCCUCGGUGUCCAUGUAUAAUGGUGACAUGGAGAAAAUACUGCUGGAUGCCCAGCACGAGUCUGGACGGAGCAGCUCCAAGAGCUCCCACUGUGACAGUCCACCACGCUCCCAGACACCACAGGACACAAACCGAACUUCUGAGACAGAUGCCCACAGCCUUGGGGAAAAGAACAGCUCUCAGUCUGAGGAAGACUACAUCGAGAGGAGGAAGGAAGUCGAAAGCAUCUUGAAGAGAAACUCGGACUGGAUAUGGGAUUGGUCAAGCCGGCCAGAGAACGUCCCCCCCAAGGAGUUCCUCUUCAAGCACCCCAAGCGCACGGCCAGCCUCAGCAUGAGGAACACGAGUGUCAUGAAGAAGGGGGGCGUCUUCUCGGCAGAGUUCCUGAAGGUUGUCCUUCCAUCUCUGCUGCUCUCUCACUUGCUGGCCAUUGGCCUUGGGAUCUACAUUGGGAGGCGUCUGACCACCUCAACCAGCACCUUCUGAUGGAGACUGGACUCGACUGUUCCUGCAGAGGGGUUCUGAGGCCUGCCAGCUGCUGGGUGGGGGGGGGUCUUGGCUGGGUGGCUGCAUGCCUAGUGUUGUUUGUUGUGUAAAUCACGGGAGAGUGACACCCAGACCACAUUCACCCCUUGCCUUGCCUGUGGCUCUGUUACUAAGCAUGUCAGGGAUUCUCACCACUGGUGAGAUUUCCCUUGGAUAUUUUAUCUAAGGAUAAAUAAUUUUAAUAUGCGAGUUCUGACAUGUAGUACUUUAAUGAAAAUUAGCUGUAGCUAUAGUUCAGUUCAAACACUUUGUACAUCAGGAGGAUGAAGAAUGUUGAUAUUAAAACUACAUUAAGGGAGUUGUUCACAGUAAAUAUCGUGGCCUUAUAUUCAUUUGGUAGUAGUGUAGACAACAUCUUGUGCUGCUUCUAAGUGGACGCAGGCUGCCCACCAAAGAUGGAAGGUUACCAUGUCAAGUGAAAACUAGAACUUCCUGCCACUUCACACACUAACCCAAACUGGACCCUCCCCGACUGUGAAGGUGACAUCCCAGACAACGAAUUCCUUCCAGGGCUCCUGCCCGCUGCGCCGCCUCUCCGGGCCUGGAUCGCUGGGCCCCAUGCUCUGUGUGGAACUUCCUGUUUCUCAGAAUCAAGUGUAUGCAAAUCCAUGUAUUGGGCUCAAAGACUGGAAAGAGAAAAAAUAAACCAUUGCCAAACCCUUUGGA